UCAGAGUGAAGGAAUGCGCUUGGAGGCUGCGCUAGCGUACCGGAAAUAGAAACAUGCAGCAAAGUUUUUCAUAAGUAUCACGAGCGUCCGUUUUUUUUAAUUUACCGCCAUCACAAACAUGACCUCAAAUAUUACAGACGCAACGCAAGACGAGCUGAUCAAUUUAAUAUAUCACCAUUUAAAGGACAACGGCUACCAGAAAGCAGCACACGUGUUGAAAAAGCACGCGCCCAAGUUGCAGGUUGAAACUGAAGAAGUGAACGUGUCAUUGAGUGAGAUCUUUCAGAAGUGGGCAAGCUCAGAUGAUGGAGAUACUCCGCCGGUGCCUUCUGGUGUCCAAACUCCUGAGCUCCAGAGUCCAGCUAAAGCACCGAAGGGUUCUUCUAAGGUCACAGCGCCCUCUGCUGGACUUAAUACAAAAAAACCUGUCGGCAACAAUACAACUGCAGGAACAGCGGGCAAAUCGACGAAACAGAAGAAAAAUGAAACUGGGAGUAAACCGAGGAAAAUAAACAACUCCAGCUCAGAAGAUGCCGUGGUUCCUCCACCGGCCGCCGAAAACGACUCGGACUCGGACUCCAGUUUAGACGUGGAUAAGUGGAGGAGACUGCUUUCUCAAUUCUCAGACGUCGACAGAGAGAAAAUGGACGUUCUUUCGAUUUUGGACGAAUCUUUUGGGAAGACCCCAGAAAGGACCAGGGCGAAAAGGAAGCCGAGAACAAAAAAGAAAGUGGUAAACCAAUCCAAGGAGGGAAAGUCCGAAGCGACGGCCAAAUCCGAUGACGUUUCUGUAACAACCGAUGCAUCUAAAACUUCAGAAAAGACGAAAGAUGAAGUUCCUAAAGUCAAGAAAAAGACUGGAAAUAAGAAAAAUAGUAGCAUCUCAGGUCUUGAUGUGGUUGAGACCCCAAAAAGAACUAAAGAUAAAACUACCAACAACUCAUGUGAUCAGGAUGAGACGGAGAAAGCGGAAAAACAUCAUGAAACAAACAGACUUUUGAAAGUAACUAAAGAGGUCGGUGUAUUAGAUUCAGAAGCCAUUAUGACCCCUAAAAGAGUUCAUUUUGAACCACAUUUUGAGCCACUUAAGAGUUUUUCACAUCAGGUUAAGCAAAACGGUACCUCAGAAACCAGCACUCCAUCUAAAAAGGCUAAAAAAAAGAAAGGCCUUUCUGAAGCCAGUGAUGUUGAAACUGACAACAGUCCCUCAAACACUCAAGAAGGUAAGAAAGCUGCUGUGGAAACUCACUGUGAAGAAACCAACCUUACGACGGACCAAUCAGAGACGCCUUCAAAGAAAGUGAAAAAUAAGAAGUCUAAAAGUGUUGCGGAGCCCGUUCCUAAUGAAACGCCUACUAAGAAGGGUAAAGCCAAGAAAACUGAAGUUCCUUCUGAGAUUGACCAAGAAACAACAUCUGAAUCCGUUAACCCUGACUCUUCAUCUAAAAAAGCCAAACAUAAGUCCAGUGAAAGCCUUUCAGAAACAACUGAGCCUGAAACGGCAUCUAAAAAAGCCAAACAUAAGGCUAGUGAAAGCCUUUCAGAAACAAUUGAGUCUGAAAAGCCUGCUAAAAAGGCCAAACGUAAGACAAGUGAAAGCAUUUCAGAAACAAUUGAGUCUGAAACGGCAUCUAAAAAGGCCAAACGUAAGACAAGUGAAAGUCUUUCAGAAACAACUGAGCCUGAAACGGCAUCUAAAAAAGCCAAAUGUAAGGCUAGUGAAAGCAUUUCAGAAACUCUUGAGUCUGAAACACCAUCUAAAAAAUCCAAACAUAAGGCCAGUGAAAGUCUUUCAGAAACAACUGAGCCUGAAACAGCAUCUAAAAAAGCCAAAUGUAAGGCUAGUGAAAGUCUUUCAGAAACUCUUGAGUCUGAAACGCCAUCUAAAAAAUCCAAACAUAAGGCUAGUGAAAGUCUUUCAGAAACAAUUGAGUCUGAAAAGCCAGCUAAAAAGGCUAAAGCCGUGAAAGAACCUGGUGAGGUGGAAACUAGCAAUAAAAAGCCCAAAACAGUCCCGUCAGACGCUGACCUCCUUCAGCUCGACUCGGCGAACCGCUCUUUGAAAAAAAAGAAAAGCAAGAUGGCUGCCGACGGCGUGGAGAUCCAGCCUGACGUUCCUGCAGAAACGCCUGUGAAAAGUCGUCAAUCUCAAAACGAUGUUGCCGAUGGUUUGGAAAAUGAGGAAACCUCCGGUCAAGGGCUAAACACCGAGUCUAAAAAAAAGAAAAAGAAAAAACCCAAAAUGGAGGAAGCUUGUGACGUUCCUGCCGCGCCAGAGGCCAAAGUGGAGAGCAAAAACAAGAAGGGUGACAAUGCAGAUGCUCCCCAACCUCCUCCACCAGAAGAAGAAGAAGAAGAAGCUGCAUUGAGCCAAAAGAAAAAGAAGAAGAAGAAAGGAGACGAAACGGAGGGAAUCGUCCCUGUAUCUGAUCCAGCCGAGGAGCUGGUCGUGCAAAAAAAGAAAAAGAAGAAAGAGAAAGCGCUCAUGGACUCAACAGCACAUAAUGAGAAUGAGAACUGAUGUCUCGUACAUUGAGGACAAACUUCUGAAUAGUGACCGGGUCUCAAUGCAUGCUCCGUCCCGACUGUGAGGAUCAUGUGUGUUCAUAUGUAUGCAAGUCAGUGUUUGUAUGUUUUAUAUUUUUAUGGAGAAAUAUUUAGUAUUCUGAUUUUGUUGUUGUUUUAUUUUUCUAUUUUUCAUAACUGGACUUUGUGAUGAAAAAUAAUUUUAUGCCUUUUCUAUUCUUUUAAACGUGUUUUUAAAAAUCAAAUCAUGAGAGCCAUGAAAAAAAAAAUGAAUCAUGCUGUUUUAUUCUCAUUUUUGGGUCAUGUGACUAGUCUUUUUUUUUUUUUUUAAGGUACAUUUAAAAAGUAAUAAGUACAAUUGUUUAGGAUGAGCCAGUGAAUUCUAUAAAUGUCAAUUUCUGUUAAUAUUUGUGACCGUUAAGGGAAAAAAUGUAUUUGUCUUUUUUUUGUGUGUGGUUCAAAAUACACCGAUGAUUUUAUUUAUAUUGGUCUCACCUGAUUCUUCACACUGACAUGAACUGCAGAUGUACAUAAUGUAGCCGUAUUUACUAUUUAAAGAUUAGCUUGGACAUAUCAAAGGGUUUUUUAAGAGAUAAAUGUGUAUCAACACUUCCUUUUUUACCCCGAAGAUAAGGUAAUUUUUCAAAUGUGUACAGUAUAUCUACUAAAUGUUAAUUGCAUAACUUAUUAGUUCACUAGAGUAUGAAUGACCUCAACCUUAAUAGACAUGGAGUAAAAUCCAUAAACCUCAGAGUUUUAAGGCAAAAACUUUUUUUUCAUGCACUGAUAAAUUAUUUUGCUUCUAUAACAUGUCAGCCUAAUGGAAUAAAUCAUCUGAAAAACAACAUUAAACUUUAUUUUAUUACAUUU